AUGCCGCCUAAACAGUUGUCUACAUCUCCUAAAAUCCUUACUAUACGUUCGAGGAUUGCCCAGGAGGCGCAUUUCAUAAUCAGUGAAAUUCUACCUGCAAAAAUUGUUUCCCUAAGUUCGGUUGAUAUGUACGAUAAUAGUCUAGCAGAAAUAAACGAGACAAGCGUUAAAAUAGUCUCUAAAAAACAUAGAGUGGAGGACAUGGCAGUUCAGUUGCCAAUACUCAUCAGUUACGAAAAGGAAAUCAGAAGUAUACACGCACUGCUUCGAAACGAAAUUAGCGAGCUCGUGGGAUUUUGUGGGAAAAUGCGAUUGUGGGCAACGUUAUUAUUGCCAAGAUUCAACAAUGGAAACGAGUUACAUGAACCUAUUGAAGGUAACGCAAUUGAAGAUAUAAUUGCCGAAUUAUCACGCAUUGAGAACGAAGGAUUUGCAUUUCUCGACAGUAUUGUGCAAUAUUAUAAUACGCGUGCGCGGCUGGAAACGUACGAAGUACAAGCCGGUACAAGAGCACAGUCGUGCGAUCGAGGCACUUGA